CUACAACGCUGCGAUCAGCGCGUGCGAGAAGGGCGCGCAGUGGCAGCGGGCGCUUGUGCUGCUGUGCGAGAUGUGGGAGGUAAAGCUGCAGCCCAACUCAUCAGCUACAGCGUUGGGAUCAGUGCGUGCGAGAAGGGCGAGCAGUGGCAGCGGGCGCUGGCGCUUUUGAGCGAGAUGAAGGAGGUGAAGCUUGAGCCCAACGACUUCAGCUAUAGCGCUGGGGUCACCGCGUGCGAGAAGGGUGGGCAGUGGCAACAGGCGCUGAGCAUUCUCAGAACCGUACGUCUGAGAAAGUUGGACGUUGACUUCAUGGCCUACGGAAAUACAGCCAGCAUGUGCGAGCAAGGCGGGCAAUGGAGCCAAGCGUUGGCUUUAUUGGGGGAGGUGCGUGACUUAGUUACAGGGGAAUGA